CGACAUGGCUUCCAGCGGCAAGGAGGUUGAAGUGGAGUGUCUCCCAUGGGUGCGGAAGUACAAGGACGGCUCAGUCGAGCGACUACACGGCUCUCCUUACGUGGCUCCCACGCCUGAAGACCCAAAAACAGGAGUCGCAACAAAGGACAUCGUCAUUUCAAAGAACCCGGCCAUCUCUGCUCGCCUCUUCCUCCCAAAACUCGACCAGACCCGUCGACAAAAGCUUCCCAUCAUGUACUACACCCGAGGCGGAGCCUUUAACCAUGAGUCCGUCUUCUGUAGGGACCACACCCAGUUCUUCAGCAGCUUGGUCGCUGAGGCUCAAGUCGUCGGUGUAUCGGUGGAUUACAGGCAAGCUCCUGAGCACUUUCUCCCCAUUGCUUACGAAGAUUGCUGGGCAGGCCUCCAAUGGAUUGCAUCCCACGCAGUUGAUGAUACCGGUAUCGAAGAUAAAGACCCAUGGUUGGUGAAUCAUGGGAACUUUGAUCGAUUUAUUCUUGGCGGCGAUAGUGCAGGAGCCAACAUUGCACAUAACAUACUCAUGCGAGCCGGCGCUGAGAGCUUGCCUGGUGGUGUUGAGAUUUCAGCAGCUUAUCUCACCCACCCUUACUUCUGGGGUUCAAAGGCAAUAGGGUCAGAGCCGAGUGUAGAACGAGAGAAAAUGUUGCCGGCUUUGGUUUGGGAAUUUGCCUAUCCGGGGGCGCCCGGUGGUAUCGAUAAUCCAAUGGUGAAUCCUUUGGUUCCCGGAGCACCGAGCUUGGCUGGACUUGGGACUUCUCGGAUGCUUGUGACUGUUGCUGGGAAUGAUCUGCUUAGGGAUAGAGGUGUUGCUUACUAUGACGCGGUCGUAGAAAGUGGGUGGAAAGGAGAGGCUGUGCUGUUGGAAGUGGAAGGAGAGACGCAUGCUUUUCAUAUACUGGAAUUUGGGACUCAGAAGGCAUCCGAUUUUAUCAAACGCCUGGCUGCUUUUCUCCGCCAGUAAUUUUCGUUUUUUUUUUUU